CCCAAGCGUCUGACAAGAGUUGAGGGUUUAAGGAUGUGAGAAGGUUCUGGAUUUGACCCUGAUGUCCUGUUGUCAUUCUCUGGAGUCUUCCUCUCCAUCCUGGUUUUCAUGUUUAUGUGAAGUUAGCCGAGACCCUUUUAUCAUUAGUUCGCCUUAUCCUCUGGAAUUCCUCGGCACGGGAGUCAAACCAACUGUUUACGUCGCGGUGUUCUUGUAGUGUGGGUGCCUUGCGAGGUAUUUUGUAAUUCAGCUUGUUGCUGCUGCAUUGUGGUGGAGGAAUUGAGUAGGUUGCAGAUUAAGGAGAGGGGCGUAGCUUCAUGGCUGCCACCACCAUGGCAAUGGCCGGAUCCGCUGCCACUUCUUCCCUGAGGGUGGCAGCUGAGAACAAGGCUGCAUCCUCCUUGAGUUCCUCCGCUGCUUUUGGCCGUGUGAACUUUGGUGGCGUCGCGAAGUUGCAGAGGCAGCGGGUGGCGCAUCGCUUGCCGGUCAAGGCUGCGAAGGAGCUUCAUUUCAACAAGGAUGGCUCCGCUAUCAAGAGGAUGCAGGCUGGAGUUGACAAGCUUGCGGAUCUAGUCGGUGUCACUUUGGGACCCAAGGGACGCAACGUCGUGCUUGAAAGUAAGUACGGGUCCCCCAAGAUUGUGAACGACGGUGUCACCGUGGCCAAGGAGGUCGAGCUCGAAGACCCAGUCGAGAAUAUUGGAGCCAAGUUGGUUAGGCAAGCUUCUGCCAAGACCAACGAUUUGGCUGGUGAUGGUACCACCACCUCUGUGGUUCUUGCUCAAGGGCUCAUUGCCGAGGGUGUCAAGGUUGUCGCUGCAGGAGCCAACCCAGUGCAAAUCACCAGAGGCAUUGACAAAACUGUCGUCGCUUUGGUUAAAGAGUUGAAGAAGAUGUCUAAGGAGGUUGAAGACAGCGAAUUGGCUGAUGUCGCGGCGGUUAGUGCUGGCAACAAUCCCGAGAUUGGGCAAAUGAUUGCUGAGGCCAUGAGCAAGGUGGGACGGAAGGGUGUUGUCACCCUUGAAGAAGGCAAGAGUGCUGAGAACAACUUGUAUGUGGUUGAGGGGAUGCAAUUCGACAGAGGAUACAUUUCUCCCUACUUUGUGACUGAUCCCGAGAAGAUGGAUGUUGAGUACGACAACUGCAGGCUUCUCUUGGUCGAUAAGAAGAUCACAACUGCCCGUGACAUGAUCGGAAUUCUGGAGGAAACCAUCCGUGGCGGAUUCCCACUCUUGAUCAUUGCCGAGGAUAUUGAGCAGGAAGCCCUGUCUACGUUGGUAGUCAACAAAUUGAGAGGUUCGCUCAAGGUUGCUGCCUUGAAGGCGCCUGGUUUCGGUGAAAGGAAGAGCCAGUACCUGGAUGAUAUUGCUAUCCUUACUAAUGGCACCGUUGUUCGUGAUGAGCUUGGUUUAUCUCUUGACAAAGUUGGCACGGAAGUGUUGGGUACUGCCGCCAAGGUCGUCCUCACCAAGGACUCAACCACCAUUGUUGGAGACGGUAGCACGCAAGAUGCAGUGGAGAAGCGUGUGGCCCAAAUUCGCAACCUUAUCGAAAUUGCUGAGCAAGAGUACGAGAAGGAGAAGCUGAAUGAGAGAAUUGCGAAGUUAUCGGGAGGUGUCGCCAUUAUUCAGGUCGGAGCUCAAACCGAGACAGAGUUGAAGGAGAAGAAGCUCCGUGUUGAGGAUGCGCUAAAUGCCACCAAGGCUGCUGUGGAGGAAGGCAUCGUCGUGGGUGGAGGAUGCACCUUAUUGAGAUUGGCUAGCCAAGUGGAUGCUAUCAAAGAUACUCUGGACAACGAUGAGCAGAAGGUUGGUUCAGAAAUUGUGAGGCGGGCUUUGAGUUACCCUUUGAAGUUGAUCGCCAAAAAUGCCGGUGUGAAUGGAAGCGUCGUAGUUGAGAAGGUGUUGGCUAAUGAAAACCCUGCCUUCGGUUACAACGCUGCCACAGGUGAGUAUCAGGAUCUUAUGGCCGCUGGAAUCAUCGACCCUGCCAAGGUCGUUAGGUGCUGCUUAGAGCAUGCCGCCUCAGUAGCCAAGAUUUUCUUGACCUCCGAUGUAGUAGUGACGGAAAUCAAAGAACCAGAGCCUGUUCCAGCUGGCAACCCCAUGGAUGCAUCAGGCUAUGGUUACUGAAGAAUGAGAUUACCUAAUAUUUUUGCGAUGCUCGACCCUGUAGUACGGAUUGUUUCUGUAGGAACGGGAAUAUUUAGGGUGGUGAGACUUGUUUAGGAGAUGUUCGCCUCAUCUUGCAGUGCAACUCUCAACAUGAAGAGCAGCUUCCUAGGAAGACAAUUAGAAGAAGAGUCCAAUUUACCGGUGUGAGCUUCAUUCAGAGACGCUACGCAACUGCUAUGACACACGUAGAUUUAUAGAGGUAUCUAAGGUUUCAAUGCAUGGUGGAAAUUUACGAAUCGAAUUUUUCCACUCUAAUCCUUUUCAAAGUGCUGGAUUUUCGUCCAUUGUUGUACAUGUCUACCACUGCAUCUGAGAUCUGGAAUAACAGUUAAGAAAAUAUGUUAUUUGUUUA